AUGGCUUUGAUCGGAGAGGCUCUUAUCUCUGCUUCCGUCCAGGUGUUGUGCAACAGAAUUACUUCACCCGAGUUCGUUGACUUAUUUCGACACAAGAAACUCGAUGAGCCACUCCUCAUGAAGCUGAAGACGACACUGUUGACCUUAUAUGCAGUUCUCGAUGACGCAGAGGAGAAGCAAAUUAAGAAACCUGCUGUAAGGGAUUGGCUCGAUGAGCUCAAACAUGCUGUCUUUGAUGCAGAGGACUUACUGGAUGAGAUCGACACGGAAGCUUUACGAUGCAAGUUCGAAGGUGAAGAUCAAACUGGAAAAUUUACCAAUAAGGUGCGGAACCUGCUCUUUUCUUCUCGUAAUCAUUUUUAUCAGAGCAUGAAUGAUAAGAUACAAGAGCUACAAGCAAGGUUAGAAAACUUCGUACAACUGAAAAGUGCUCUUGGUCUGAGAGAAGAUGCUGGGCGGAAGGUUUCACGAAGAACUCCAACAACUUCCUUGGUUCAUGAACCUUGUGUCUUUGGUAGAGAUGAAGUCAAAGAAAAUUUCUCAAAAGUGUUGCUAUCUGAUGAUGCAAGCAAGGAUGAUGUGUCUGUCCUUACCAUUGUUGGAAUGGGCGGGGUUGGCAAGACAACCCUCGCCCGAAUGCUUUACAAUGACGAUAAGGUGAAAGGUCAUUUUACAUUUCACGCUUGGGCUUGUAUUUCAGAAGAUUAUGAUGCUAUUAGGAUAACUAAAACUCUUCUUGAGUCAGUCACUUCAAAGCCUUGUAAUACGACAGAUUUGAAUUUGCUUCAAGUUGAACUAAGAGAACAACUGAAGGGAAGGAAAUUUUUAUUUGUAUUGGAUGACCUAUGGAAUGAGGAUUAUACUGAUUUGAAGUUCCUCCAAACUCCUUUUACGUCAGGAGCAAGGGGAAGUAAAGUCAUCAUAACAACACGGAACAAAAAUAUAGCAUCUGUCAUGCAAAAUGUUCCUAUUCAAUACUUGGAACCACUGUCACAUGAGGACUGUGGAAUAGAAUACUAA